AUGAAUCUUGAUGAAUCGUGUGGAAGUACGGUCUCAACAGUACAAUUAUAUCACGAAAAACAACAAAUGCAACUCUGCUUGGUGCAUACGCUGAAUACAUUGUUACAAAGAAAUGAAUUUAGAAAAGUUGAUUUGGAUUGUAUCGCGGAAAAUUUACAUAGUUCUCGCUGGUUCAACCGACACCGUUCAAUGUUCGGUUUUGGUAAUUAUGACAUUAAUGUGCUGGUUGCGGCAUUGGAAACAAGAAAUUUAAUGGUGAACUGGUUUGAUUCGAGGCGUUCCACUGCUUGUUUGGAUUUUUCGAAGAUUUUCGGUUUUAUAUUCAAUAUUGCAUCGCGUGGAUUUAUACCAUUCUGGACAGGGCAUCACUGGUUUACUGUACGGCAAAUAGGUGUUGCCGGAUUUUUCAAUUUCGAUUCAAAACUAAACGAACCAACGCCUAUUAAUGAUAUUGUUGCGUUUUCGGAUUCAUUAUUAGAAAAAGGAGCUCAAUUAAUGAUUGUUGUUGAACCUCAAAAUGCCAACAGUUAUUUAUUGAAUAGUAAAUGUUUGGUUUGA